AUGUGCACGAAAGCUUCAACCCUAACCGUUUUAUUUCAUGACACCUCUCUGCUCCACCCAUGGUUGUCAACCUGCGUGCUUCAAGGUGAGACCCCGGCCUCCAAGGCCCUAACGGCGUCACCAGAGACCGUCGAGGUUCCGGAGUCUCUGGUUUUGGCUGUCCGUGCCGCCAUUCGCAGUGGGGCGAGCAUUCACCCGAAGAAAAUGAUGGACUGGGACGAGAAUGCCUACCUCGCCAGUCGCGUUUUGGAGGUGAUCGUGGAUGAAGACCGCGCGUCAGGGGCCGGCGCCACCACCGCCGGCCGAAGGAAGAGCAAGCAUUGCGUUCCCCGGGCGGUGGAGCUGAUGGUCGCCGAGCGCUUCAGGGAGCGCCUUGCCGCGAGCAGGACGCAGUUGUCUAGGACGGAGCUCGACAAUAAGGAGACGGGUAACAAGCGGUCGGUAUACUUUAAGCUAUGGAAGGACUUCAAGGACACGGACGUGGAGGGGUUUGGAUCCCGUCGAGAGGGAGAUGUUGUUGCGAAGUGA